GUCAUUCUACCGUCCACGUUCGUAGGAAGUCCUCGAUACAUGAAGCAGUGCUAUCAGGACGCCAUGGCCAUAGUUCGUAAGUACGGUAAACCCGACCUGUUCAUAACGUUUACGUGCAAUCCCAGGUGGCCUGAGAUCGCGGACAAUCUGGCGGCCCACAGCACGGCGAGCGACAGGCCCGAAUUGGUGGCUAGUGUUUUCCACGGGAAACUGCGGGAGCUAAUAGGUGACAUAACUGUUAAUCGUGUGUUUUGUAAUGUCCUUGCUUACGUGUACACCAUCGAGUUUCAGAAACGCGGUCUGCCCCACGCGCACAUACUCAUCAUCCUGGCGGAUGAUGGUAAGUUUCGGACGGCAGAGGACGUCGACGACUUGGUUUGCGCCUACCUGCCGGACCCGGCAACCAACAGGCGCUUACACGCGUGCGUCACGUCGCAAAUAAAAAACGGGCCUUGUGGAAGGAUCAACCCACAGUGUCCGUGCAUGGUGGACAACAGUUGCUCCAAGGACUACCCAAAACCAUACGCAGAGGAGACUGUGUAUGUUUCGGACGGCGGUUACCCAAAGUACCGCCGACCAGACCACGGUCAAGUGGUCCUCUUGAGAAAUCACCAGGUCGGCAACGAGUAUGUAGUUCCUCACAACCUGUACCUCUUGGCCAAGUACGACGCACCAUCAAUGUCGAGGUGUGCUCUUCCAUAA